AUGAAGCCGCCGGUUUGUUCUGUUUUUUAUUUGUUUAACUAUAUUGAGGAAGCCCUCGAAUGGAAAGGAAAAGCAAAGCAGUCAAGAGGUGUGUAUUGCGAAAUUAUUUUCAGGGUCUACCCUCAGAGGCGUCUGAAAAGAAGAUGGUCUCGAGAUCUCCUUUUGUAA